AUUUUCUUUAUCUCUCUCACCCCCCCCCCCCCCCCCCUUGCGCUUUUUCACUCUCUCUCUCACUCUCUUUCUGCUCUCAACAUGUUGGAGGCUCUGAGAAGAACCAGCAGAACCAUGCAGCUCAGGAACGUCAGCCGGUCCAGGGUCGUCCUGCAGAAUCGCAGCGGCAGCAUCUACAGCAAGCCACCCAAGACCAAGAUCGGACCUGGGCAAACGUUCUUCAUAAUGUCCGUGUUCGCGAUUGCUCUCCUUCUCCCGGCGGGAUGGAUCCUGCACCACCUCCCCGAAUACCGACACCGCCCUCCCGCUCCACCCUCCUGACCAGAGCACCCCGCUGCACGCUAACACCAACCCCAGCUGCCUGUGAAGAACCAUUCACCUCCCUGAGACACAACCAGGUGGAGACACGCUUGGAAGGAAGCUUGAACAGGAGAGGAAGACUGCAUAAGCAGACUGCUAACGUCACUGCAGCGAAGGCUUACGUAGCACAGCUCUACGCUCCUCCCUGUAAUAAACCCCUGCUCUUUAAAAAUAAAUCUCCUGCACGUGUGUA